AUGGCCUUCAUUGCAGCUCUGGGAAUGUUGAUAGCCGGGAUCUGCCCUGCUGUCCUCUGCUGCUCAGAUGACACACUGGGGAGACACACUGCAGUCCAGAAAGGCCAAGACACUAGAAAACAAUUGGACAGUCUGACAUUGGCCUCCAUCAACACUGACUUUGCCUUCAGCCUCUACAAGGAGCUGGCUUUAAAGAAUCCAAAUAAAAAUAUUGUCUUCUCUCCACUUGGCAUCACAACUGCCUUGAACUCUUUGUCUCUGGGAGCAAAGGGUAACACCCUGCAAGAGAUUCUAGAAGGUCUCAAGUUCAAUCUCACAGAGACCCCUGAGGCAGACAUCCACCAGGGCUUUGGGCACCUCCUACAGGGGCUCAGCCAGCCAGGGGACCAGGUUCAGAUCAUUGCAGGCAAUGCCCUCUUUGUUGAACAACACCUGCAGAUCCUGACAGAGUUCAAGGAGAAGGCAAGGGCUCUGUACCAGACUGAGGUCUUCACAGCCGACUUCCAGCAGCCUCGUGAGACCAGUAAGCUCAUCAAUGACUAUGUGAAGAAACAGACCCAGGGGAAGGCCAAGGACCUGGUCUCAGACCUGGAUGGGAGGACAUCCAUAGUGGUAGUGAAUGAUCUCCUCUUUACAGGCAAAUGGAAGGUACCCUUUGACCCUGAUGACACAUUCAUGGGAAAAUUCAUAUUGGACAGGAAGAGGACUGUGAAGGUGCCCAUGAUGAAGUUUGUAAACCUGAAGACACCCUACUUCCGGGAUGAGAAGCUGAAAUGCACUGUGGUGGAGCUGAAGUACAAAGGCAGUGCCAAGGCCAUGUUCAUCCUCCCUGACCAGGACAAGAUGCAGCAGGUGGAAGCCAGCUUACAACCAGCAACCCUGAAGAAGUGGAGGAAAUCACUGAGGCAUAGGGUGAUAAGUGAGUUCUACCUACCCAAGUUCUUCCUAUCCCAAAAAUACAACCUAGAAAACAUCCUUCCAGAGCUGGGCAUCAGGGAAGUCUUCUCCACACAGGCAGACCUGUCUGGGAUCACUGGAGCCAAGAACACAACAGUAUCUCAGAUGAUCCACAUGGCUGUGCUGAACAUGACUGAGACGGGCACAAAAGCAGGUGCUGCCACGAGAGUUGAAUAUGACUUCCUGUCUGCAAAAAUUAAACCUAUUAGUCUUAUCAUGAUCAGGGCAUUCAUAUACGUUGUUAUAGAUCCACGUAACCCAUUUAUCUCCAUUAUGGGCAAGGUUAUAAACCCUAUAGAAAUCUAG